GACCCCCGGUCUCUUGGUAGGAACCGUGAUCCCAGCUGUCAGUUAUCUGCAGGCGACGGAGACUUAAAAGGACGCGUUCUCCACCCUGCGAUUGCAGCAUUUGGAGAUGACAACUAAAAGGAAAAUUAUUGGCCGCCUGGUGCCAUGCCGAUGUUUUCGAGGGGAAGAAGAAAUAAUCUCAGUGCUUGAUUACUCCCACUGCAGCCUUCAGCAAGUGCCAAAGGAGGUUUUUAACUUUGAACGGACAUUAGAGGAGCUUUAUCUGGAUGCCAAUCAAAUUGAAGAACUUCCUAAGCAAUUAUUCAACUGUCAAGCUCUACGUAAACUGAGCAUCCCAGAUAAUGACCUUUCAAGCCUGCCAACCAGCAUUGCCAGUUUAGUUAAUCUCAAAGAACUUGACAUCAGUAAAAAUGGAAUUCAAGAUUUUCCAGAAAAUAUAAAGUGCUGUAAGUGUUUAACAAUAAUUGAAGCAAGUGUCAAUCCUAUUUCUAAGCUCCCAGAUGGUUUUACACAGCUUUUAAAUUUGGCCCAGCUAUAUCUAAAUGAUGCCUUUCUGGAAUUUCUUCCAGCUAACUUUGGAAGACUUGUUAAAUUACGAAUAUUGGAGUUACGAGAGAAUCACUUGAAAACGCUGCCAAAGUCAAUGCACAAACUGACUCAGCUGGAGAGGCUUGACCUGGGUAAUAAUGAAUUUUCUGAGCUGCCUGAAGUUCUGGAACAAAUACAAAACCUAAAAGAAUUAUGGAUGGACAACAAUUCACUUCAAACAUUACCUGGGUCUAUAGGACGAUUAAAACAACUGAUAUACCUGGAUAUGUCAAAAAAUAGGAUAGAAAGUAUAGAUCUGGACAUAUCAGGAUGUGAAGCCCUUGAAGAUCUACUAUUGUCAUCAAAUAUGCUACAGCAACUGCCAGAUUCUAUAGGGCUCUUGAAAAGACUUACCACUUUGAAAGUAGAUGACAAUCAACUUACAGCUCUGCCCAAUGCUAUUGGAAAUUUAUCUUUAUUAGAAGAAUUUGACUGCAGCUGUAAUGAACUGGAGUCUCUACCUCCCACCAUUGGCUAUCUACACAGUCUCCGAACUUUAGCUGUAGAUGAAAACUUCCUGAGUGAACUUCCCAGAGAAAUUGGCAGCUGCAAAAAUGUAACUGUCAUGUCCCUCCGUUCAAACAAACUGGAAUUUCUUCCUGAUGAAAUUGGUCAAAUGCAGAAACUCCGUGUCUUAAAUUUGAGUGACAACAGGUUAAAAAAUUUACCCAUCACUUUUACAAAGCUUAAAGAACUUGCAGCACUGUGGCUUUCAGACAACCAGUCUAAGGCUCUGAUUCCUCUUCAAACUGAGGCACAUCCAGAAACAAAGCAAAGAGUAUUAACUAACUACAUGUUUCCUCAGCAACCUCGUGGUGAUGAAGAUUUCCAGUCUGAUAGUGAUAGUUUUAAUCCUACUCUGUGGGAGGAACAGCGGCAGCAACGUAUGACAGUGGCCUUUGAGUUUGAGGAAAAAAAGGAAGAAGAGGAAAAUGCAGGAAAAGUUAAGGAAUAUUGCACUUUGGAAGGUUUUUAUCCCCAGCGGCAUGCUACUUCUGAGGUUGAAAUAAAUUUAAAGCGUUAUCCAACUCCAUAUCCAGAAGAUUUAAAGAACAUGGUGAAAUCUGUUCAAAAUCUGGUGGGCAAAUCUACCCAUGGAGUGAGGCCUGAGAAUUCAGCACCAUCUGCCAGUGCAGAACAAGUUGUGAAAGACAAAUUUGAGCACAAGUGGCCCAUGGCAACAAAAGAACUGUCAGUGGAGGAUUCUUUCGUACACCCAGUGAAUGACAUGAGGAUAGGAGAACUUCGCCCCUCAAUGACUGAUGCACCGUUAUAUCAACCAAAACUUGUUCUCUUAGGAAAAGAAAAAAAAGAAUCAACUGAUGAGUCUGAAGCCGAUAAAGUUCACUGCAUGAAUAACAGUGUUUCUUCAGGCACCUACUCAGACUACUCUCCAUCACAAGCUUCUUCUGGGUCUUCUAAUGCUCAUGUUAAAAUAGGAUCUUUGCAGACUACAGCUAAAGAUGCAGUGAAUAAUUCAUUGUGGGGUAACAGGCUUGUCCAAUCUUUCCCACAACCCCUUGAGACCAAGCCAUUACUCAGUCAGCGGGAAUCUGCUCCAGCAGGAAAUUUACAGCAACACAAUGAUAGGCGUCCAAUGAGUGAUGCCUUUGCUGACAGUUGGAAUGACAGCUCUCACUAUGAUAACACAGGAUUUGUGGCAGAGGAAAACACAGUGGAGAAUCCUAACACUAAUCCUCUCUUAAGCUCCAAAUCAAGAAGCACAUCUGCUCAUGGACGCAGGCCUUUAAUUAGGCAAGACAGGAUAGUUGGCAUUCCCCUAGAACUUGAGCAGCCCACUAUCCGAAAUCCCCCUGAAUCAGAAGUGCCUCCAUCAAACCCUUGGCAGAACUGGACAAGAACACCCAGCCCCUUUGAAGAUAGGACAGCUUUUCCUUCUAAGCUGGAGAUCACCCCUAGUAGCAGCCCUUUACCUGAAAGGAAAGACCUUGUUAAAGACUCUCCUGAACUAUCUAGUACUUUUUCUCCAGGUACACCAUGGGAAUAUCAUGAUUCCAAUACUAACAGAAGUCUCAGCAAUGUCUUUUCACACAUUCACUGUCGGCCAGAGCUUUCUAAAAAUAUUAUUUCCAUCAGCAAAAGUACAGAGAGGCUUUCUCCAAUGAUGAGAGAUUUAAAAACAAGCCGGUUUAAGAAAUCACAAAGUAUAGACGAGAUAGAUAUUGGUGCAUAUAAAGUUUAUAACAUACCAUUAGAGAACUAUGCAGCUACUACUGAUAAUGCAGGGAUACAUGACAGACAAGAUAAGAUGUUGGGUCCAGAACAUGGAAUGUCUAGUAUGUCCCGUAGCCAGUCUGUGCCAAUGCUUGAUGAUGAACUUCUUACUUAUGGAAAUGUAAAGGUCCAACAACAGCAAAAGCCCUCUGUGACUAAAAAAGUAUACCAGUUUGACCAAAGUUUUAAUCCUCAAGGAUCGGUAGAAGUGAAAGCUGAAAAGAGACUACCACCCCCUUUUCAACAUACUCCAGAAUACAUUCCCCAACAGACGAAAAAUGUCUCUAAGGAUUUGGUUAGUCCCAGAGCCUACCGAGGAUACCCACCCAUGGAACAUAUGUUUUCUUUCUCACAACCUUCUGUUAACGAAGAGACUGUCAAUACUCAGUUGACUAGUCAGGGAUCAAGGGCUGGAUUUUUAAGAAGAGCAGAUUCAUUGGCUAGCUCCACUGAAAUGUCCAUGUAUAGAAGAGUCAGUGAGCCUCAUGAAAUGCCUCAAAGUGAUAGGUAUAACAGACAUCAGUAUAGAGGAGCUAUGGAACGCCAAAGCAGCAUUUCAGCAUCUGAAUCCCAGUUUCUCAAAAGAAAUGGCAGGUAUGAAGAUGAACAUCCUUCAUACCAAGAAGUGAAAGCCCAGUCUGGAAGCUUCCCUGUUAAAAACCUAACGCAAAGGAGGCCUUUGUCUGCAAGGAGCUACAGUACAGAGAGUUAUGGUACCUCCCAAACCAGGCCAGUUUCAGCUAGGCCAACAAUGGCAGCUCUGUUGGAAAAAAUACCGUCUGACUAUAACUUGAGUAACUAUGGUGAGAAGCCGUCAGAUAACCCUGAUUUAAAGACCAGGCCUACUCCUGUGAAAGGCAAUGAGAGCUGUGGUAAAAUGCCUGCUGACUGGAGACAACAGCUACUUAGACAUAUAGAAGCUAGAAGGUUAGACAGGACUGCUGCUUAUAAACACAACACUGUUAACCUUGGCAUGCUGCGCUCUGGAGGUUUGUCAGCAAUGCAUGCGGGCAGAAGCAUGACAUUAAACUUGCAGACUAAAUCUAAAUUUGAAAACCAAAUGCAUCAAGAGCUACCUCUACCGAAAACCCCAUCACAACAAAGCAGCAUUUUAGACAAUGGACAGGAAGAUAUUUCUUCUGGAAACCAAUGGAAUCCAUAUCCACUUGGAAGGCGAGAUGUACCACCAGAAACUGUUGCUAAAAAGGCAGGUAGCCAUAUUCAGACUCUGAUGGGAUCACAAAGUCUACAGCAUCGUAGUCGAGAGCAGCCAUAUGAGGGCAACAUGAACAAAGUAACAAUCCAGCAGUAUCAGCCACCGUUGCCAAUACAGAUCCCAUCUCAGAGCUCUCGAGCACCACAAGCAGGAAGGUGUGUCAUCCAAACUAAAGGACAAAGGAGUAUGGAUGGUUAUCCAGAACAGUUUUGUGUAAGGAUAGAGAAGAAUCCAGGACUUGGAUUUAGUAUCAGUGGAGGAAUAAGUGGCCAAGGAAAUCCAUUCAAACCUUCUGAUAAGGGUAUCUUUGUUACUAGGGUUCAGCCUGAUGGACCUGCAUCAAACCUGCUUCAGCCUGGUGAUAAGAUUAUUCAGGCAAAUGGACACAGUUUUGUACAUAUGGAACAUGAAAAAGCUGUAUUACUGCUGAAGAGUUUCCAGAAUACAGUAGACCUAGUUAUUCAACGUGAGCUCACUGUCUAAAUAUUUUUUUAUAAAUAAUAAAAUAUGCCUAACAUUUUUGCCAAUUGCUGGACCAAUGGCAAAUAUAGUGCCAAAUGUAUAAUAUUAUAUGUUAGUAAUGAUUAUCCUGGGGAAAAAUAACUAUAUAAAUAUAACUUCCAAGUGAUUAUGUAUUAUUUUUAUUUGUAAGUCUCUGGCUAUGCAUUGGUACCAGCUUAUUUUUAAAACAUUCUUUUUAAUUGUUUCUAGAUGUCUUUAUUUCAGGACACAGAAACACACACAAGUUCUUUACAAAUCUUAGUCUCCAUCAAAACUACUGCCUCAUAGUUGUUUAUGUUUUUAAAAAGAAAAUUAUAUAAAAUUAUAAUUCCCAUAAAGUAUUUCUAUCUCACAUAAGAUAUAAAUUAUUUAUAAAGAAUAUUUUAGUAGUUCUAUAUUCAGUAACAUGAGAACUGAACUUAAUGGGAUUCACAUCUGUAGAAAUAGGUCUAGAAUUGCACUGCAGACCUGUUAGCUUUUUCAUUUUUCCCCUUUUUUACAAUGUAAAUACAUAUAUAUCUUUUAAGAGUGCAAUAUCCAAUUUAAAAUAAUGUUAAAUUUAUUUGGGAGGGUAAUGGGAGUCUACAUUGGCAAAACCAUGCUUUGCUCUGCUCACAACUGAUUAUUAAAAAAACAUAUAUUCCUUUCCAGGAUUUGCCUCAAAGAAGCGUAGAAUAUAAAUCACAAAAAUAGUCACAGUAAAAGAUGUUUAGUAGGGACAUCAGUAGAUACUGAAUGUUGUAUCAUCCUGGUUGAUGAUUUGCGGAUGGUUUGGACCACAACUUCCAUAACCUCCAGGCAUCCCAACCUCUGUUUAUGCUGGCAGUUUGGGCUAUAUGUUUAGAAGACACUAAAUUAGGCAAACUGGUGUAAGCUUCCGAGGAUUGUAGUCCACCGUCAUCAGAUGAAUGAAAUGUUACUUUGAGUUACCAGGACAUUCAGAUAGGGACAGGCUUACAAUCUUACAAUUCUGAACACAAUGAUAGGAAGGGAAGGAAAUACAAGUACUUUGUUGCCCCUCACAUAGUCUAAGAAAGUAUGUAAUUGAAUAUUCUUGUAACUCAAAUGUCAGGUUUCUGAAAAAUGCCAAGAGUCUUUUGACUGCCAUGAGAUAGAAAUUUCAUAAAUGCAUAAAUGUGCCAGCAUACACCCAAUCUUUACCAUGCCAAAGGACUUUGAAAACAAGCCCAACUUUGGAAUUCAGUAGUUAAAUUUUUUGCCAUAGAUUGAUUAGCCCAAGAGUCCAAUACUUUUCUGAAUAAGCAGAGGGAAGAUCAAGAAAACUUUCGUUUUUUCACAAUUUGUGUGUGACCAUAAAAUAAGCUGUUUCUUGAAUUUUGAAUACCAGGCUGCUAUGGACAAUGUCUCCGCUUUGUCUGUAAUAAGUUGCCAACUUAGUAAGGGAAAUAGUAUUAUUCCCUUUGGUAUCCUGGACUCCAGACAAUUAUAUCAUCAUUUGCAUUACCAACUUUGUGCAUUGUUUCUAAAGUCAGAUUAGUCUAACUGUUGGAAAAUUGGUGUAAAAAACUUCUGUGCAGAAAAAUGUCCAUACCAAAAAUUUGUUAAACAGGAAAUAUAUCCCAUAAUGUGCACAUUAGCACAAUGUGCAAGUAAAGGGAUGGCUUUAAUAAUACUAAAUAUUCAGGAGGGGGAUAUGAAUUUUGCUAUGUGCUUCCAGUUUGACUUAGAACUGAGGAUGUAGUAAAUAGAAAUUUACAGAUUAAUCCAUAAAAUAUUCUAUAGACUAAUGGCAAUUUUUAGUUGUUUUGAAAAUUAGUGUUUAUCUAGAUGAGAUUUAACUUUAUUAUUCAAAAAUAUUACUCCAGGUUGUGCGUGAGAAGGAAAUUUCUUUGAUUCCAAAGAUAAGAUAGUCUAUGGUUUAAAUAAGAGGCCUUGGUUUGGAAUUAUUCAUUCCUAACAAAAAUAACUGGUUAUCUCAAAUGGAGUAGAAAAUUAAUUAUGUAACAAGUUGAUGUUUAUUAACACUUUUCUCCUAACCCUUUAUAAAAAUCUUGUACAAAAUUAAUAUUUUAUCUUCCUAGCGAUAAAAAAACAUUUAACUAAUUCACAAUAUAAAUUAGGGCUCUGCUAAAUUUUAAAGGAAAAAAAAUGCUUUGCAGGAAUGCAAAGAUCCUUUGCUUCUACAUUUUAGCCAUGAUUUUGUUCUGCUAUUCUCUUAAAAAAUAGUCCUUCUUUUCCUCUUAAUUACUGAAAUCAGCUCAACCAAUCACAAAUCAUAUAGAGUUGAUUAGAUCAGUAAGGAAAAUGGGACUGCACUGCUCUUUCUCUAAAAUGCCAAUAUAAAUUAAUUUAUCAAAAUCAUUACUGGGAUGUGCAUUACACUACACUUCUUCCUUAAAAGCACAAUUGCACCUUGGCAACAUGUAGUUUGGAAAAGUGGUGUCUGAGACAUGUCCUAAUUAGCAUUGGUUGUUUUGAUCAUCAUUUUUUUUUAAAAAAAAGCCAUCAUAAAAGCAGUGAACGCAGCAUUUCCAAGUCAAGUACUGUCUUAAUUGCCAUACAUGGACAGCUUUCCCCUAACAGAAAAAUGUUUAUGUUAUUUAGGGACCUUUUGAGGAAUCUACCUUUUUGAAGGGCAUGAAAUCAUUAAGAAAAUAUAAUUCCCUGAUUUUUCUCAGGGUUAGUGCGAGUAUAAAGCCAAUUCAUAUUUUCUCUACUAUCACAUUCCAUCAAGUCCUAGUAGCCCUUCUGAAGCUAACUAUAGUUAGCUGGAAGUUCCCAUCUUGCAACCAUCCAGUUAGGGGAAUCAGAGGUUGGAAGACUAAGAAACACAACCGAGGACAAUGCCAGAUGUCUUUGGCCAAACUACAUCACAUCCAGCUGAGUUCUGUUAAAUAUCCAUGUCAGAAAAAGGAGCCUAGUUGGGAAGAAGAGUUAAAUAUGGAAAUCUUUCUCUCUUCCCAUCCCUUUAAAUUUAUGGAGCAUCGGAUAAGGGAUAACGUGUGAUCUUAAGCUGUUAGACAAGCACCAGAAAACCCAGAUUUAAGUCUACCUUUAAUCGUGCAAGCUGAUUGGGUGGCUUUCAGAUAGUCAUUCUCAGCCCAACCCACUUAAUGGGGUUGUUGCUGUGGGAGAAAACAUACCCUGCUUUGAGCUCCUGAAUGAAAGGCAGUGAUAAAUAAAAUAUAGUGCUCCACACAAUAUAUAACAUUUAUUUAAUUUGUGAAGGAUUGCACGUGUGUCACUAAUCCCACUAUGAUCUUUAGACAGUUCUGAAAAACACAGAGCAGAGACUAUAUAGCUAAAAUCUCCCUUCCCAUUUCUAAACAGGUAGUCCUAGCAAAUCUAUUCAGACAUCUUUGGUAAGGCUUUUUAAAGGCUCCUGCGAAUUCCAAAGCAGAAGCUGAAGCUGAACUGCUCAGUUCAGCUCCUACUUCUCAUUCAAAAUGGGUUUUGCUGCAUUUGUUUCCAUGGUGACAGUUGUGCUAGCCAACCCUGACUAUAUACAAAGGUGCUCUGCCCAAACAUGCCUUAAAGCGUGAUUAAAAGAACCAGGAGAGACGGGACAGCUCUGGUUUUUUGGCUUCCAUUCAGCAGAGCAGCUGUUUAUUGACACACACACACACACAUACUGGAGAAAUAGGACUUUGCUGUACGGAGAGCAAAUGGAUUUACAUCUGUUCCUGCAGCUAGGCCAAUUUGCCUAUAACAGACCCUCUACAGAAUGAUUUUAGCAAGCUUUUGCUCUUGGAAUCCUUCUUACGGAUUUUCUUCCCAGGACUAUUUAUAGAAAGUAAUGUAAAAAGCAAUCUAAUUAAUAAGAUGCCAUACGGAAUCAUUUUAGGAGGUACAAUAAAUUUUUAAACAUCACCUUGUAAGUACCACAUGGAAUCAUUUUGAUAGGUAUGACAUUUUUUUAAAAAAAAUCAGCUAAAAUAAGUGCAAGGAACUAUCUAGGCAGCCAUUUUUAAAGUUAUCUUUCAUACAAGCGCCUCUUUAAAAAUUAAAACUGGUUAAAAAUAGACUUCCGUUCUUCUCAUACAAAUGAUGUAAAGUUUUUAAUUCAUGUGUAAAUAUUAGUAUAAGAUACAAUUAACUAUUAAUCAGGAAGGCACAUUAGGACAAUGGUUAAGAAAGUGAAUUGUUUUGCUGUUGUGAAUUCUAUUUUGCCCUUGCUGCCAAUGGUACCAUUUAAAAUGUCUCACAAAAUGUAUUGUCAAACUUCCCAGUUUUGUCAGGAUCGUCUUCCUUCACUUUGUAGCUGACAGAUUCCCCUGGUAGCUUUUCAAUAUCAGAUUUAUUAUUACUUUCAUAGCUUCAGCAUAUCUUUUUGCACUAAGGACCUCAUCAUAUGUUAAAUUGCAACAGAUUUUUGAAUUCAAAUCUAAUUUUUUCAUAAAGAUUUAAUCACUGUAAAUCUAUAAAGAAUAUUUGUAGCUCAGGGUUGAAAUGAGGGGUCCUUGGUACUCCUGGGCUCGGUUAUUUUCUUGCAGACAUUUCAUUAUCAGUGCUUGAUAACACAUAGCACUGAUGAUAUUACUUACUUUGGGUAAUGAAACUUCUUUAAGAAAACAACCUCAUUGUAAAUCUCCUGCCCGUGACAUUUUAAAGAAAAUACAUUCUUAACUGAGAAACGCAUGAAACACUUUGUCACAGCAAGCUCCUAUUUCUCAGCACAACUGCUCCUAUUUCUCAGUAAAAAUAUAAGUAUUGUACUGAGAUAGCUUGUGAAUGUUUUGAGUUCUGUUUCUGGCAACAAUGCAUGCCUUUUUUUUCAAAAUGCCCAAGCAAAUGAGAAGAGCUAUUGAUAAGAUUCAAUCACACUAAGAGCAACCAUUUCCAAUGACCGACUGAAGUUUUCCAUGCUUGUAACUUUCAUGUUCCUAAAGUAAAAGGUGGAAUUGAAGAGUACUUAAGAGCUAUAAAACAUUAUUUUUAGUAAAAUACCUAAGAUCUAUUCGGAAUUAUUAUAUUUUUCCUUUUGUUCAUGUCUGCCUUUAUUACCCUACGUUCCAAACAGGAGAUAAGUAUUAAACAAAUUUUAAAUCAGAAGUUAGAAUUAAUUUUUUUAAAAAAUGCAUUGCUUGUAGUUUAAAAAUUCACAUAUAUGUAUUUACUACAAUGAUAAUCCUGUUUGAGAAAUCCAACAGCGACACCCAGAGGCUAAGAAUAUUUUUCUCAGCACACAAAUAGAAAGUGGAUUCUUAUUUUUUUUAAAAAAAUGAAUUCAGACUAAUCUUGAAUCUUUAUGAACUUUAAAUGUGUAUUAAGUUUCCACACUAUUUCCUUCCAUCUAGAAUGUUCAUGCCCCUUUGUGAAGUUUUAUUCUGAACAUCGAUAAGCCACAC